GGGGCGGGGCGCGGCGUAUAUAAGGCUAGGGGCGGGCGCCGCUCUUUUGUCUCUUGCUGCAGCAACGCGAGUGGGAGCACCAAGAUCCCGGGCUCGGAACCCGACUACACGGAUUGUUUUAAGAAAAUGGCAGACAAACCAGACAUGGGGGAAAUCGCCAGCUUCGAUAAGGCCAAGCUGAAGAAAACGGAGACGCAGGAGAAGAACACCCUGCCGACCAAAGAGACCAUUGAGCAGGAGAAGCGGAGUGAAAUUUCCUAAAAUCCUGGAGGAUUUCCUACCCCCGUCAUCUUCGAGACCCCAGUCGUGAUGUGGAGGAAGAGCCACCUGCAAGAUGGACACGAGCCACAAGCUGCACUGUGAACCUGGGCACUCCGCGCCGAUGCCACCGGCCUGUGGGUCUCUGAAGGGACCCCCCCAAUCGGACUGCCAAAUUCUCCGGUUUGCCCUGGAAUAUUAUAGAAAAUUAUUUGUAUGAAUAAUGAAAAUAAAACACACUUCGUGGCAUGG